AUGAUCAAAUUCAGCAUUCUAGUAGCGGUAUGUUCCACAAUCUCAGCACGCACACAUCGAGUCCAGCAUGAUGUCUACUGGAAUUCAUCGAAUCCUGUAUUUGAACCUUUCGACAAUGCAAUCGACUCUCCUGGUUACUACGAAUUACCUGCUAGGCCUCUAGAUAUUAUAAAAUUCCACUGUCCACGGAGGAAAGCUAGGGAAUUUAGUCUUAUCUAUAAGGUUUCCUUCGAGGAAUUUCAGCGAUGUUCGUUGAGUCCCAGUGCAGCUCUAGUAGUUUCUUGCGAUGGUGAGCAUCAUAGUGGUCGCUACACUUUGCAAUCAGACGAAGCAGAGAACGGGCAGGUCUACUUUAUAACCACAUCAUUUGGUGACAAGGAAGGCCUGUACAAUCGGCGCCUUGGCCUGUGCAAUGAGAAAAACAUGCGAAUGGCUGUAAACUUCGAUGGAAAAGAGUUGAUUCUACGACAAGAUCCGGUGCUUGGUUCUGACAUCGAUCUCCAGCGUCUCCUGAAGGAUCGCUUUUACUUAGCUGAGGAGAAUGGUGAACUAAAUUGGAAGAAAAAUGUCCUACCAGAUGUUGAAUUCGACUGGAAGACGUAUCUACAAAAUCACGAUCGAAAAAUGAAAUUUGACAAAUCGUUGCAAAUCGAACCGAUUCCGCUUGAUGACGAAUUCGUUACUCGAUGGGAGGAAUUAAGGAAUCACCGAAUAGAGAAUGAGCUUGGAUUCUUGGUACAAUCCGAGACUAUUGUUGGAAAAGCUGCUUCAACCUUUUGUACCUCCGUUACGAUAAUCGUCGUUGCCGCUUUCAUUACUAUGCAUUGGAUGCGAUAAGUGCUUCUUACAGCAAUUAAUUGUUCACUUGUUGUUUUCCCUCACUGGCUGAUGCUUCAUUGUACGUAUUUUUGCGUACCUUUUUUGUUGGUCCUAUCCUGUAGUUAUUGUUUUGUGACUAUGCACUUUGCUCGAUCUCCUCGUGAUUAGUUCACAUUUUUCCACUGCAUUGACUAUUGUUCCAUUGUGUAGAUUUGUACAGUCUAUCGAUUAUCUCUUUCAUAAAAU